AUGGCGAUUAGUAACUUAAAAUCUCUUGUCACACUUAAGUUAACCGUAGAAACUGGCAUGAGUGACUUAAAUCAUCUCAUCUCAGCGUUUAAUGAGAAUACAUGUCAGCGUCAAGAUUAUUUGCCUCAACUAAGGCUGCCAUCUUCAAGAUUACAUGGCUUGGUCCCAAGAUUUUAUGCCAUAGUAUCUUUGUCACUCUGGAAUGCAUCCUUGAUGCAUAUACCUGAAGAGAUAUGUUCCUUGGAUACAGUAACGGUAUUGGAUCUUAGCAGGAAUGGUUUCAGAAAAAUCCCUGAAAGUAUAAAGAAGCUAUGUAAACUACAUAGCCUUAGAUUGCGUCAUUGUAGAAACCUCAUGUCGCUUCCAAAGCUUCCCCAAAGCCUGACACUCUUGAACGUACAUGGGUGUGUAUCCCUAGAGUCAGUUUCAUGGGCGUCUGAGCAGUUUCCUAGUCACUACACCUUUAACAAUUGCUUGAACAAGUCUCCAGAAGUGGCUAGAAAACGAGUAGCAAAAGGUCUGGCUAAAGUAGCUAGCAUUGGCGAAGAACAUGAGCAGGAACUCAUAAAAGCACUUGCGUUCAGCAUUUGCGCUCCUACAGAUACAAAUCAGACAUCUACCUACAAUUUGAGGACAGGGUCGUUUGCAAUGCUAGAGCUAAGCUCUUCCCUACGCAACACACUUUUGGGCUUUGCUAUCUUCGUUGUAGUAACGUUUAUGGAUGAUAGUCAUAACAACGCUGGUCUUGGGGUCAGGUGCAUAAGCACAUGGAAGAGUAAGAGAAAGGUCAUUAGUAAAAAAGAGAAAGUUUUUAGGUGUUGGGCUCCGGGAGAAGCUCCUGAGAUUCAAAGGGAUCACAUGUUUGUGUUCUACGAGAAUGCUGAGAUGCAUCGAAGUGUUGAUGGUGAAGGAAACGAAAGAUGUGUAUUGACUGAUCAAGUAGAGUUUGAGUUUCAAGCAGUAAAUGGGAGAAACAAGGGUUUAGGAGGCAGUUGCGUGGUGAGUGAAUGUGAUGUUUGUGUGAUGACAGCUGCAACUGGUGCGGCGAGCUUGAGUGUGAUAAGUGCAACUGUGCAAGUAAGGAUAUGA